CGCAUGCGCGAUCUCUUCCUGCCUUUCUGCUCGCCGGCUAGGUGCUGAAACUACAAAUGUUUUAACGUUGUCCGGGAAGUGGAGAAGUCGUAAUGGAGACCGAGGCGAAGCCAAACGAAGCUGAACCACUGGGUGAAUAUGCUGAAAAAAAUGAAGCAGAAACAUCUCAUGCAAGCGCAGGAGAUGCCACAACUCAGGACUCUAGUAUUAGCAAUGGGGACGAUGCGGACAGCGAGCAGGAGACGGUGGAUUUGAAGAUUAUCUGGAACAAAAAUAAAUAUGAUCUGAAAAUUCCUGUCGAUAGCACCGGAGCCAAACUAAAAGAGAGGAUUCAUUCACUCACUGGUCUUCCCCCGGCAAUGCAGAAAGUGAUGUACAAAGGAUUGCUUCCAGAGGACAAGACGCUACGUGACAUAAAGGUUACAAAUGGUGCAAAAAUAAUGGUGGUAGGAUCUACAAUAAAUGAUGUAUUAGCAGUGAAUACACCCAAAGAGGUCAUUCAGCAGGAAGUCAAAGCGGAAGAAAACAAGAAAGAGCCUUUAUGCAGGCAAAAGCAACAUAGGAAGGUUUUGGACAAAGGUAAACCAGAGGAUGUGAUGACAUCUAUUAAAGGAACAAAGGAACGAUUACCAACAGUGCCUUUAUCCGGAAUGUACAACAAGUCCGGAGGAAAAGUUAGACUCACCUUCAAACUGGAGCAGGAUCAGUUGUGGAUCGGAACAAAGGAGAGAACAGAGAAAGUCCCCAUGGGCUCCAUUAAAAACGUAGUGUCUGAACCCAUCGAAGGCCACGAUGACUAUCACAUGAUGGCUUUUCAGUUGGGUCCAACAGAAGCGUCUCAAUAUUGGGUCUACUGGGUGCCUGCACAGUUUGUUGAUGCAAUCAAAGACACAGUCCUUGGAAAAUGGCAGUAUUUCUAAUGUGCCUCUGUUUAUUUUUUGACAAUGAACUGGGAUUUAGAGGUGAAGCCAACGACAAAUGAAACUGGAGUAAAUAAUGAAGCAUAAGGAAUUUUUUUCAGAACAUAUUCGAAGGAGACGGACGCCUGUGGACUAAACAUGUUCUUUUUAGGUUAAAAAUGCACUAUGUGGCAGCAAAACAUUUCUCAGCCCUGUUGAUCUUUCAAGGUUUGCAGCAAAUCCAAGGGAAAACAGUGAAACAAUUGUACAGAAAUUGCUAACACUUUUCUUCAGUUAUUCUUAAAGAAAUAAAACUUAUUUAAUAAAAUGGAA